AUGCCGUUCCUCACCAAGCUGUCCCUCCCCCGAGUCUCCAAACAUGCUAACAAGCCAGCCAAAGCAUACGCAGACGCCGCCGAGCAGUCCAAGCCGGACAAGGACAAGGCCCAGCUGCGACGCGCGCAGCUCGAGAUUGACGUCUCGGAGCUACGCGACCUCAUCUCCCUCACGGAGAAGGAGACGGCCGCGCUGUUCAAGGAGAACUUUCUGAUCCGGGAGGCCCUCGAGACCGCCGGCCUGCCGCUGGCCAUGACGACGACGGCGGCGAUGCAGCAGCAGAUGCGCCUCGACGCUGGGCCCGUGGACACUCCCGCCGCCGCCGAGGAGUCGCCCGAGCUCUUCGGCGCCAUUGACGUCGACGACCUGACGGUGACGCUGAGCAUGGAUGCCGCCCUCGGCGCGCCCUGCUUCCACAUCAGCUCCAACUCGUCGGGCGCCAGCGCCGCCGCCUCGACGUCGCCCCGGACCGUGGCCGGCGUCGCCCUGACGUGGGAGCAGGAGCAGCGCGCCGUCAACUUUAUCCUCGGCCUCGAGCACUGCUGCUGGGACCACUUCUUCAUGGGCGACUUCCACCUGCACGACCCGGGCCUCUGCUCCGAGUCGGAAAGGGGCCACACGCUCAUGGCGAGCGCGUACUGCAUGGCCCCGGCACCCGAGAGCGUCUACGCCGGCCGCGCCGCCCUCGCGGCCAAGAAGCCCGGCAAGGCUGCGGCGCCGCGGCCCAGCUUCCAAUGGGGCGCGUCGGGCAUCACGCUCGAGUCGCUGCACGGCCUCGCCGCCUCGCUCAACCCCGGCGACCUCGAGAUCACGCCCGUCCAGGCGUGGUUCGAGCUGGCGCGCCGGUACCCCGUCGAGGUGCUGCUCGGCGGCACCGUGCUCGACACGCUGCAGCGCGAGUUCAACGGCGUCGUGCGCUGCGUCAUGUACGGCGCCGUCAUUGAGAGGCUUGCCUUUGAGAGCAUCAUUGCGAGGGUGCUGGGCCCGUCCGAGGGCUCGCUGUGGGCUUGA